UUUUUUCCUGUUUUUUUUUUUUUUUGGUUUUUCUUUUCCUUAUUUCCUAUCUUAUUUUCCUUUUCUUUCCUUUUUCUUUCGGAUCUCUCAGCGGAUCGAGAUCAUUGUAACAAGACAGUAGAUUUAUAUGAAGAUGUAUCGAGUCCGGCUGUAACUUCAACAAAUUGGGGGAAACCAUUAUCUUGUUGGUAUCGUUUUCGAUCAUUUCGUGGAACUCCUCGAGAUUGGAUUCUGCGAGUUCGUUUCAAGAAAUUUAAAGUUGGCGUAUUGGAAAAUGCUACUACUUGUUCCGGAGGUUAUUUACAGAUCGUAGAUGGAAAUACAAAAACAGAGGUGAGCAAUCGAAAAGAUCCAGGUGUUUAUUGUGGUGAAUCCGAGCAACCACAAACAUUUAUUUCUGAAACAAGUUUUGUUCGUGUGAUAUUUCACGCGGAUAAUUUUACGGAUCAAACAUACUUCAGUUUUGAUUCUCGUGCAGAACAACAAUUCGAAGUAUAUUUAAGGUAUGGUCAACAUCCGGAACUCUAUCCAAAUCGAAGGGGUGAAAUUGUGCCUGGCAGUUAUUGCGAACGAGUUUUCAAAGAUUGUAGAUUACAAACAUGUUAUGUACAAAGUCCGGCUUAUCCAGGCAUUUAUCCGCGAGCAUUACAUUGCAAAUAUCGUCUCAAUACACGUUUGCCUUUUAUAAAAUUGUACAUUGAAAAUGAAGAAUUUAAUAUUGACGGACAAAGAUGUGAAAACAUAAUGACUUGUCCUAUGAGACCAAUAAGCUCUGGCUCAGAGCACUGUCCAUAUGAUUACAUACGCGUUUACGAUGGGAAAGAUGAAACCAGUCCGACUAUUGGUACCUUCUGUGGUAUGGGAAAAUUUCCUUAUAGUAUAAUCGGUACUAGUGAAGAUCUUUAUGUAGAGUUUGUUUCAUCACCAGCAGGACCUCUUUUAAAUACCGGUUUUCAUUUUAACGUUGGUAAUUGGCCAGGUCAUGUAGAAACUGCUGGUGUUCGAAAUGGUAGUUGUGAUUGGCUAUUAAACAGUGAAUCUUUACAUAGUGGUAAUGAAGGAAUAUUUCUCUCGGUGGCACAUUGGUAUCCACCGUAUACUAGUUGUACCUAUCUUCUCAAAGGUCGACCCGGCGAAAUUGCAAGACUUUAUUUUCCUAGUUUUCGAGUUAAUCGCAUUGAAUCACCUAUUCAACCAUAUGACGGUGAUUGCGGUGAAAGUUUAACUCUUUAUGAUGCCGACUGGCCAGAUGAUGCUAAAAUUAUAAAGACUUUUUGCGAUACAUUUAGUAAACCAAUGGAAAAACAUGAUUUCGUAUCCAGCUCAAAUGCUUUAUUUGUCAAAUUUGAAAGCAAAACGGGAAGUUAUUCUGGUAGUUCCUUAUAUUAUUGGGCACAUUAUGAUUUUUUUAAUGCAACAAGAUUCGGUACACCUAUAUCUGGAACCGAAUGCGACGAAACAUUUACUUCCUGGAAAGAACGUUCUGGUAAACUUCGAUCACCGCUUAAUACUCUCGUUUAUAAACGUCCAGGUGAUCCACCAGCUGAUCUUUCAUGCACUUAUAGUUUUAUCACAGACAAACGAUUAUACGCAAGAGUGAUUCUUAUUAUAGAAUCAGUCAAUUUUAAAGAACAUCCGUACGCACAAUGUGGUAAUUGUUGGGAUAGUCGAGUUGAUCGAUUAAUUAUUCGAGAACCAUCUAUUAUUGAUAUUACUGAGCAAUAUUCACAACAACACCAAUAUCAGCAACAACAUCAACGUCAACAACAAAAUAAUAAUAUUGGUAGAAGUCAUUGCAUUUGUCGAUCAACAAUAGUUGAUAAAUUAAUUAAUAAUGGACCGAAUAGUGAAAGACAACCGAUACUUCGCGUAGUUUCAAGAGGAGAAAGACUUGAAUUAAAACUUCUGGUGGAUGGUGCACAUGCUGCAGCGAACUACUUUAAACAAUCUUUACCAUUAUUCGAAGCAAAGUAUGAAUUUGCUCACAGUCCAUUAUGUGGACCAGCAAUUCUACCAGCUACAACCGAUGGUGAAUUUGAAUUUCCUCACUAUGAAGCGCUCGGAUAUGUUGCACCACCUCGAUCAAUCAAAUGUAUCUGGGAAUUACGUGUUAAUCGAGAUAGAGAUAUUUGGUUGCAUUUCGACAAGAUUAAGUUUGCUUCGAGAUCCUGUGAAGAUGGAAAAUUAGAAAUUUUUUUACCUGGAACUGCUGAACCAUUUCUUAGUAUAUGCGGUGAAAAUGUUAGUUAUGUUAGAGAAAUGCCGAUUAUAUCGGCAGCACAAAUCAUUCCAAAUAUUCGUAUAUCUGGAGAUCAUGAUUCUGGACGCUUUAACAUGAAUUCUAUUCAAACUCAAACUCAUCUUCAACUGCCAUCACAAUCAUCACUGCCACCGGAUUAUCAGCAAGAAGAAUUUGAAUGGCCAACCGUAAUUGUUCAAUUCACUGGUUCUAUGGCACCAGCAAGAGCCGCAUUUAAAAUUGCUUGGACAGAAUUGUAUCAUUUACCACGUGAUUCUUCAGGUGCUCUAAAUACACAGAAACUUGAAGAAUUUUGUGGAUUUCAAUGUCCGGGCGAUUCUGGUUGUAUUCCUGCGAGACUUGUUUGCAAUGGUAUUGUUAACUGUCCUGUAUUAGAACCUCGAUCAAUAUUCAAAAAUGUACAUAACAGUACUGAUUCGUUGACAACAGUUGAAGAACCGAAUGAUGAAUCCAUUGAAACUUGUGGAGCUAAUGUUGUUAGUAAGCAUGGCAUUAUUUCUGGAUCUGGAAAUGGUGUUGGAGGUUUGGCUAGCGUUGUUGGUUCUGCCGGAUGGGCAGGAGCUGGUUUAGGUGCAGCUCUCGCUAUUCUUCUCGGUUUUCUUUGUUUAAUUACUAUUUGUAAACUUUGUAGGCAACGAACUACUUCUAGAGAUAUUCAUGUAUCAUAUUGACAGGGGUACGAAUAUAAAUAUAAAUACAAUUACAAAUGCAAACAUAAAAAAAAUACGAUUACAUAUAUGCAAUCAUUGACAAUUUUUCUUGUUCUUAUUUUUGUUUUUUAUGAUUUAUAUAAAUUAAUUCUUAAUA